CCACUUGAAACCAUUUCAUUUCAUUGAUGUUAUUAGAAGUUUUUGAAAAAAACCAUGAAUGUCAUAACUUCUACAUAGCUACUGAAAUUUUAUAAUCCUUGUUUCUUAUGAAAUCACAAGUUCUUGUAUUGAUUUGAAGCAUAUUCACUUAGAGUUCUUUUUGAAAUUACAGUGACCUCAGAGACAAUAAUGAUAUGAUGUGUGCAUGUCACCUGCCAGCCUUAGUAAAUUAUAUGAACAAAACAUACAACAAAGCUGUGAAUGUCAAGGGCGAGUGCCGUACAGGUCUCAGCAAUAACCAAACCAAAGCAAUACCCAUCCUGGCAUAUUCGCAAUGUAACAAUUACUCCUUAUUUCAACGGAAUUUGCUGUGUGAAACAUGUUCAGGAGUGAUGUGCAAUGCUUCAGAAGUGACAACUUGUUCAGGAGCAGAGCCUGUGUGCCAGUACAUGUCAACAAUGAAUGGUGUUACUCAGAAGUUUGAAAGAUCCUGCAGUACAUACAGAAAAUGCAUUGAUGCUGCAAAGAACAAUAUCUUUACAUGCCAUAGAUGGUUUAAUGGCCCUUCUUGUGUUACUUGUUGUACUGAGAGGUUAUGUAACAAGAAUGGUUUCCUUGGUAAGUGUUGUUUGUUUUCUGAUAUAAUUACAUCGGAUUUAUUAUGCAUUAAUGGUUAAUAAGAACACUGUAUAAUAGUUAAAUAUAUGAGAAAAUGUUGAACACACACACAUACACACAUGCUCGCAUGCGCACGCACACACACACAUAUCGUCAUUAAAUCAUAAAUCCGAAAGAGCAGUAUAGUACUUAGGUAAAGAUAGUUAUGACUGGUAUAUGGGGUUGCCCUGGGUUUUACAUUCAUAGAGCGCUUACCUUUACAGCGUUUCUUCAAACCCUAAUGGUCAGUGUCCUAUAACUUCUCAUCAAAAUGGAGGGGGGGAAAAGACCCCACAGCUACUUGUUGAAUGCACUGUCAAAGGAGAAGGGUUAAGUCAAUGGAUUGUCUCCCUAAUUAUUGAUAGAAAAAUUAUAAUAUACUAGCAGAAAUACCCGGCUUUGCCCGGGUUAAAGAGAAUAAUGAAAUCUAAAAACGCCGUCUAGACUACGCAACCCUCAACUGUUAGUAGCUACGAUACCAUAUUUCUACAUUAAUAACUCUCCAAUCCAUGCCAGCAUGGAACAUAGACAUUAAGUGGAAUGCCAGUCUCUCAUCUAGGAGGGCCUUGAAAUCAAUGUUACCAACUGGGGACUAUGUGUGUCGCAGUGAUAAUAAAAAGACCCAAAGGAGGUCUGCAACGAAAUAAUUUUACUCAACACUUUGCAAGUGAAUCAGUGGAGGCAAAGAUGCGUCUCAUUUACUUGACAAUUUAUGCACCACAUUGCAGAAAUCACAAUGAAAGUAUAUCUGAAA